AGGUGCUGCGAGAGAGCCCGCGCGCUUAACGGUGAGCCGGGCCGCGGCCACGCAGGCACCUCGCUCCCAGCGACGCGGCAGCCGCUCCAUCCCCACAGCAACGACGCGCCCAUUUUGUUUCGGAAAUCGCCUCGCCGGCGGCCCCCAGGCGCCUCCGCGGCAGAAGCUGCCCCGUUAGGCCGCGUGAGGCGGAGCCCAGGCCCGGCGGCGGGGGGCGGGAAGCGGAAAAACUGAGGAACUAUAUUUCACGAACCUUUCUAAACAGAAACAAAAGCGAGUAAUGGAGAAGAAUGGGAACAACCGGAAACUUCGGGUUUGUGUUGCUACCUGCAACAGGGCUGAUUAUUCCAAAUUGGCCCCAAUCAUGUUUGGCAUUAAAGCAGAGCCACAAUUCUUUGAGCUGGAUGUUGUGGUUUUGGGCUCCCACCUGAUUGAUGACUAUGGUAACACUUACCGUAUGAUUGAACAGGACGACUUUGACAUCCACACUAGGUUACACACCAUAGUGAGAGGAGAAGAUGAGGCCGCCAUGGUGGAGUCUGUAGGCCUUGCCUUGGUCAAGCUGCCAGAUGUCCUCAAUCGUCUGAAGCCUGACAUAAUGAUAGUCCAUGGAGACAGGUUUGAUGCUUUAGCAUUAGCAACAUCUGCAGCCUUAAUGAACAUUCGAAUUCUUCAUAUUGAAGGCGGAGAAGUCAGCGGUACUAUAGAUGACUCCAUCAGACAUGCCAUAACCAAGCUGGCUCAUUACCAUGUGUGUUGCACAAGAAGUGCGGAGCAGCAUUUGAUAUCUAUGUGUGAAGACCACGACCGUAUCCUCUUGGCAGGCUGCCCUUCAUAUGAUAAGUUGUUAUCUGCCAAAAACAAGGACUACAUGAGCGUUAUCCUCAUGUGGUUAGGUGAAGAUGUAAAACCAAAGGAUUAUAUAAUUGCUUUACAGCACCCAGUGACCACAGACAUUAAACAUUCCAUAAAGAUGUUUGAAUUGACUUUGGAUGCCUUAAUCUCUUUUAACAAGAGGACGUUGGUUUUAUUUCCAAAUAUUGACGCAGGGAGCAAAGAAAUGGUUCGGGUAAUGAGGAAGAAGGGUGUUGAACACCACCCCAAUUUUCGAGCAGUAAAGCAUGUUCCAUUUGACCAGUUCAUUCAGCUGGUGGCUCACGCUGGCUGUAUGAUUGGAAACAGCAGCUGUGGUGUGCGAGAGGUUGGGGCAUUUGGUACUCCUGUCAUCAAUCUUGGAACACGCCAGAUAGGAAGAGAAACAGGUGAAAAUGUCCUUCACGUUCGUGAUGCUGACACACAGGACAAAAUACUGCAAGCUCUGCACCUCCAGUUUGGGAAACAAUAUCCUUGUUCAAAGAUAUAUGGAGAUGGGAAUGCUGUUCCAAGAAUCCUAAAGUUUCUUAAGUCUAUUGAUCUUCAAGAACCCCUUCAGAAGAAAUUCUGCUUCCCUUCUGUAAAGGAAAACAUCUCUCAAGAUAUUGACCAUAUCCUUGAGACCCAGAGUGCUCUGGCAGUGGAUCUGGGUGGAACAAACCUCCGAGUUGCAAUUGUCAGCAUGAAGGGUGAAAUAGUUAAGAAAUAUACCCAGCUGAAUCCAAAAACUUACGAGGACAGAAUAGCGUUGAUCCUUAAGAUGUGUGUAGAGGUUGCCUCAGAAGCAGUAAAUCUGAACUGCAGAAUUCUGGGUGUGGGUAUUUCUACUGGUGGACGAGUAAAUCCCCGAGAAGGCGUUGUUCUUCAUUCCACAAAACUUAUUCAGGAGUGGAAUACGGUUGAUCUGCGGACUCCGAUAUCGGAUGUGCUUCACUUGCCAGUGUGGGUAGACAAUGACGGUAACUGUGCAGCUUUGGCAGAGAGAAAAUUUGGGCAAGGAAAAGGAGUGGAAAACUUCGUAACCCUCAUCACUGGUACAGGUAUUGGCGGUGGAAUCAUUCAUCAGAAUGAAUUGAUCCAUGGAAGUUCUUUUUGUGCUGCUGAGCUUGGGCACAUUGUAGUCUCUUUAGAUGGACCAGAGUGCCUGUGUGGGAGCCAUGGAUGUAUCGAAGCGUAUGCUUCUGGAAUAGCCUUGCAGAGAGAAGCUAAGAAGUUGCACGACGAGGAUUUAUUGUUAAUUGGGGGGAUGUCUGUAAUGAAGGAAGAGACAGUAACUGCUGCACAUCUCAUUCAGGCAGCCAAACUAGGAAAUACAAAAGCUGACCAUAUUGUCAAAACAGCAGGGAAAGCUCUGGGCCUUGGAGUUGUGAACAUCCUGCACACUAUUAACCCCUCCCUUGUGAUACUUUCUGGCAUCCUUGCAAGCCAUUAUAUCAACGCUGUCAAGGAUGUGAUUCAUCAGCAGGCCUUGUUCUCUGUGCAGAAUGUCAAGGUGGUUGUCUCAGAGCUGUCGGAUCCUGCUUUGCUUGGAGCUGCUAGUAUGGUUCUGGACUAUACAACACGCAGGAUAUACUAGGCAAACCAUUGGAAACACAUUACUGCAGUUUAUAGCAGCUCUCUGAAAAGAGAAGUUUCUUACUGAAGUCAACUUUCUUUUUUUAAGUAGGCUAGUAGGGUCUUCAAAUCUAUAUCUUACUUUUUUUAAUGUGCUGUUUCAUUGGGUGCUGGAAGAGCACAGGAUCCUGGGAAGAUUGCUCACAGGGAGACUUUCUCACAGAUCUUUAUGAAACUAAAUAAUUCUUGGGGAUGUCUGAAUGCCAGACAUCUAAAAAUAAAAAUGAGAGACUUGAAUUCCCUUACUACUUCCUACUCAUGCAUUUUCCAGCUACAUGAGCCAAGACGUAGUCAUCUCAGUAACCAGAAACUGGAAGUCAUUAAAGAAAGAAACCUUCCAUAUGAAUGUUUGCAACGGUUCCUGCUUCUGCAGAGGCUAAAUGAGCAGCUAUAAUCUUUAUGAGACUACAACAAUCGUAAUGCUAGACUAUCCAGCAGUAUGCAGUGAUCAUCCAUGUAUUUAUUUGUUAAAUUAAUAUUAAAAAACCUAGUUUGGAAGAAGAGCCCAAUGAUAUAUGAUGCACUUAUAAGUACAGCUUCCAAGAGCCUAGACAACAUGCUAGGAUGAAGAAGAAAGUGAUUAUCUUUGUCACAUCCGCCUGUAGUGGCGUUUUAUCCUCUAAUGUGGAGGUUAAAGACACUUCCUGGUCUUUUGUUGCAGCUUCAUGUUUAGAGGACUGUGCAGUUAACCUCAGUAGUCUUUUGUGUUACGUGGGUUCUUUCCUUAUCCAUGCUGGUAGCUAGACAACUGGUUGGAGAAAGGAAUCUUGUCUGAUGUGUGUGCGUGUGUCAUUCAACACUUGCUUUGUCUUCAUUGCCUGGAUAAAUUCAACACUUAAACUGACCUUCAAAGAUGUCACAGCAGCCCAAGCACUAAUCUAUUUACAUGCCUAUUUUCUAUAGGUAGAUUUUUGUUAGGCUACCUUACAAUGCUCCCAACAAUAGCCUCAGCUAUAUGUUACCCCUUGAGGCUGCAAGUCUAAGCAGGCUUACUCAGAAGCAAGAACUGGUUCUUUAUACAGCACUACAGGCAUGCCAAUGUUUGACGAAUGUUUGUAGUAACCAUGGUUGAAGACGUUAAUUGGAGACUGGCUGCAGACUCAUCAAUGCCUGCAUUCCUUGAGGUGUUUGAAGAUGCAGUUCUCUCCGAACCAGCUGUGUGUGCUGAUUUGGUUUGGUCCAAAAUGUACUGCAGGGUCAGGGUCUUUUUAACUGUUUGAAAGUCCUAAAUAUGAUUCUCUGUGCUUCUUUGUCUGGCCCUUGCAACUCUCCUUCGGCCACACCCUUCACCAGCCCUACUUUUCAUGCCAAGUAGUUUUUGCUGGCUGGGAUGUGUCUUUAAACUCUGGUAAUGCCUCUUCCCUGCCUGGAGGGAGAAUAGAAAGGGGUGGGUAUAGAAAUUGGCCUACUGCGCAAAGGUAAAUUUUACUUUCAAUGCUCUGCCCACUUUGGGUUCUGCCCUCAGCCCGUCCCACCAUCCAGGCAACAUCACAGUUCAAGCCAAGGUUUGGAGUAAUGCUGUUGAAAAGUGUGGUGUGAGGGCCAGAAAGCAGUCCUCAGAUGUUCCCCUACCUUGGGCUGUGUCCAUUUUGUAACUCAAAGAAUAUUUAAUUAGAUCAAGUGAAGGGCUCUCCUCCUUUUCCUAAUUAAUCCCCCCACCAAACUGCAGGAACAUUUUUAGCUUUAAAAUGGUCACAAUCCUUAAAACUGUAUAGCUUCCUGGAUUGGUGGGGGAAAGAGAAUUGAAUUGUGAGCCAAGUGCAUAUGCCUCAGUUCUCAUUCUUUCAGCCUCAGACAGUUUAUCCUAAAAGGUAGUGUGUGUAUACUUUUACUUAUUUAAAGAGUAAUAGUCACCUCUCCUUCAGGUUCAUGUAAGCUGCUAGUAGAGACUUGAUCACACCAAUUUUGUUGUCCUUCAAGUGAUGCUGUUGCCCUACAUUCCGUGUCUUCUGGAGGGCAGUAAGCAUGCUCAUUCCUCUGGCUUUUUUUAAUUGCACAAACUGAUUAUUUUUUCUGCGUAUCUCGAAACUUGCCAAAUAUACAGAAACUGCUACCUUGUAUGUGGUUAGCCACUGUGGGCUACCUCAUAUGUUUUGUUGCAUGGGACCACAAAGUCCAGUAUUGGAUGGAACAAGGAGGAGCUCAAAAUGUAGCGUAGCUCUGACUUGUUUCCAAAUUAUUAAGUACAGGAACACUGAAGUUUGAUACUGGGAGGAGUGGUAGUGAUGACCAUGUAAUAUGUAAAUGGAUUGCUGUGUUGUCAGUUUACCUCUGAUUUGUCUUCUGUACACACUGGUGUGACUUGCAGAAUUUUCUUGACUUGACUGAUAAGCAGAUUUGAGAGCCUUUGGUACUCACCAGCAGAAGCAGACUUGUCUCGUGCUGCAAUUUUCAGUACAUGGCGGUAUGCUUCACUGUCACACUUUAGCCAGCAAGCAAAGGAAAGAAGGAUUGCAAGGGGUGAGGUGGGGUGGAACAAAAAUACUACGUACCCAUCUUCAUUGAGGUAUGAAUCCUGUAACACUGGCUGCGUCAAAGGUAUAUAGCUCAGUUUUCUGAUUUAUUUAUUUUUAAACCAUUGUCACCCCAGUUAAUAGAACUAUGGUUGUUGAAUGUGGGUUAUGUAUAUGAUAACUGUUGGGCUUGCAGAGGCACACACAUCUCAGAUGAAAUGUCAGAUCAUCAUCAGGUCACUUUAUGUGUGGAGGAAGGGAAUGCCUAUAUUGAAAGACCCCAGAACCAGUAACUGCUUAUGCUCUGCUCUCGCUGAAUAAGGAUAAAUUGGGAGUCCUCCCUUAGUGUUAGAAAAAUAUCAAAUAUGUGACACAUACAAGGCCAGAAUUACAGCGGAGUAGCAAAGACAAAUGCACUCACCAACAGAGGGCAAUACUGCACUUUUGUAUUGUUUUAAUUGCUGCUCCUAUAUAAAUGGUACUCCUAUUUAUAUUCAAAUACCUUCAGUAGCUUCCUAUUUAAGACUGCUCUGAAUUGUUAUCACCCCCCCAUACCACAAUGAAACUUGAGAAUCAGUUUCCCUAAAUGCUGUCCAGUUUGAUGGGGGAUAAUAUGAACUUUUUUGGGGGGGAGGGAUUCCUGUCUCAAAUCAAAAUUAGUGUGAGCAUGUUAGCAAUGGCUGCUUGUCCACUUUUAACUAUUUCGUAGUCAGUGUUAGAAAUUAGCCAGGCACAUUUUGCGACUGGCACGGGUUCAAUUGUGACCAGAUGGAGAUCUCUGGAUGACAGGCUGGUGACUGACAUCUUCACCUGGCUUGGCCCCUCCAGCUUUCUUAAGCACGCAAGCAGAAGAGCUUAUUUACUGCCUUUCCAUCCCACCUUUUUCUCUAGGAGUACACGUUUCACCCCAUCCUCAGUUAAUCCCUACAAUGACCCCGUGAGGUAAGUGAAGAGGCUGUGACUUGCCCAAGGUCACUUGGUGAGCUUCAGGGUUCAAAUCCCCACUCAGUCAUGAUCGCCCAGGUCCAAGUCCAAUACUCUAACCACUACACCACACUGGCUUCCUAGAAUGCUUCUGCUAUGGGGCAGCUACUUAAAUUAAGUACAUAAAUACGGAGAAAGGAAAAUAUCAGAGAAGGAUCUGAAAUCUUGUCCUUGAAGCUUGAAUUUGUUUUAUACUGGAUUGUUUUAUUUGGUGCUUUAAUGUUUUUUUUCUUUAAAAUAUAAAGUGUUAUAGAAAUGAAAUAAAGAAUAAUCCACACUGUUGGAGGGUGGGCAUGACACCUAGACAUACCAUUAUGGCUGUAACAGCCACAUAAUUAUUCUUUCCAGGAAACAGUGAAAGCAUACCGCAUAGAGUAGGCUUUGGAAUGAGGGGGAACUCUGAUGGAAUGAAUUUAUGAGUUGCUUGAAACUGCUGCUUUUAUUAACUAUAUUGAGAUAAUUAUUUUUGAAUUUGUGUUUGGGGGAUAUAAAUGUCUUUCAGUAUGUUAUAAACUACCCUAAGGCCUCUGGCAAAGGGCAGUAGAUCUCUUGAUAAGCUGAAUACCAACCAUGUUGCUUUUAGGGGUGAAUCAUGCCCCUUCCUGUUGAAAAAAUACAUUUGUUGUUUGACUCCUUAUGAAGUAAUCACCUUUGUCUGAUGCAAUGGCGUGCAUAAAUGGUUAUACUAGAGAAAGUUGCUUAAGUGAUGAGUGCAGAACAUUAAAUCAGUAGAGAAUUACUGUAUCAGAUUUCAUUGCCAUUUUGUAUUGCAAUUUUUUUUGUAACCACAAAGACUUGAGGAUGUGAACAUUGUCCUCAUUAUAGAAGCCUAGUUUGCCUCUUAAAAUUAAUGUACCAUUUUACUCUUUGGCCUACCAAUUACAUUGAAAGACAAGGUUGACGUAGGUUACAUGUUAGGUUGAACACUGAAAGUUUAAAUAAAAAUGAAAGCUAUUAUGU